AUGAACGAUCCGAGGCAAGCUCUCAGAGAAAGUCUGAUACAACUCAAACCGUUACUUGACAAUUUAUCAAAUUUCGAAAAUCAAGUCAUAUUUCAUAAACCAAUCAUUAAAGCUUCUGAUGAAACCCGAGCUCAGCUUGAGAAGUACAACAAGUCCAAAAGUAAACAGAAAAAAAAGGGACGCACAGAUGAAGAGAUUGAGGAAAGAGAGAGAGAAUUAGAGUUCAGGCAUGAGAUGGACACAUUCGGCACCAAAAUGUAUAACCUCGCAUCCGAAACAAGUCAACAUAUCGAAUCACUAAGAGUGAUGAGCAAAGAUGACCUUCGACUCAUAGCAUCCCUCCGAUACACGGCAUUUCGGUUGGUUGAAGCCUCCUCUGAAGCUAAACCGCGCAUGUUGAUGCUCGAAACUCGGCUUCUCAUAGCUGUAUCCGCGGCUAUAUCAUCACUCACGUCAUGUGAGAGUCUGGAGGCUGCUCAAGAUCUAGCUCAUCUCGGGGCUCAGUAUAAUGAGAGUGUGAUUGCCUAUCAGUCAGCAGUCAACCCGUCGGAACAAAAAGAGCGGAAUGGAGCUAUAAUGGAUUUUCGUCUGGCUAGAUUAGAAUUAGAAUAUCGUAAAGGAAAUGAUAACCUUGCUCUCAAUUUAGUGAUCGAGGCUCGUGAGCCCGAUAUAACCGAGAACGUCGAUGUCCUCCAAUACCAGAAAUUGAUCAUGACUUGCUGGUCCUUCUCACAAGAUCUCAUUGCUAGACAAACUCGUCCAGAAAGCCUACCACAGACAACCACCCCGGUUGAGUGGCUCCAACAAGCCCUGUCUUUCAUCAAGACUAUCAUCGAUUUGGGACUUUAUCUCCCACAUAUCACCAAGAUCCAAUCAACGGUCCUCAAGUGUAUGCUAAGAGAGCAGAUUCAGGACACGCCAAAUAACAGCAAGUCCCUUUCGGAUGCUGAGUCGACCAUCGCCGCGAUUAUAGAAGUCACUGAUCCAAAGGAAUCUGUCGAAAUCUCCGAGAUUCUGUUCCUGCAUAUCCAUCUUCUCCUCAGAGCGAAAGGAGAAAAAAGGGAGAUCCAAGCUGUAUGUGAUAGAUUGAUUGAAGUCAUUGAGUGGACAGACAAUGAUAUCUCGCGAUUAUUAUCUCAGCUUCAUGCUCUGUCUACGGACUAUUCCGAUCUUACGGCCAAUAUUACCAAUACUAUCCUCAUUCGCGCGCUGAGCUUAGAAGUUGCUUCCUCCCAUACCGGCACAAUCGUCUAUGAAGGUCUGUUCUUUGCUCGACAAUACUGCGCCAGCCAGCCUUCAGCAGCUUAUCCUGUAUCUAAGCUGGGUCAACAGACUCUCUUGGGCAGAACGAUUGCAACAGCGAGUCAGAUGCUACUCGUCAACAUCGCAAGUAACACCUUUGAAGAAAAAGACUGCUUAGAAGAGGCAGCUCAGUGGUAUCUGCUCGCUGUGCAUCCUACCCUGAAGGCAGCCUCCAAGGGCAACGUAUCUCGUUGUAGAGGUAAAGCGGCAUUAUGCCUCAUCCGAUCAGGAAACCUCACAACAGCACAGGAGCUUAUACGACAGUGUUCACCCAACGAGGCGGCAACGCAAUAUCUAAAUUAUCUUGUUGCGGAGAAGCAAGGUGAUAUAGACGGAGCCAAAGCCGCCGUUGAAGCGUUUAUGUCAUGUCCUGAUGUCGGGGCGAGUCAGGUGGCUCUGAUCACGUCAAUAGCGAAUACUGGGAGACACCGACCUCUCUUAUCAGCAAUUCUACAAAGCCUUUUGAUCGCUCUGGAAAGUCCACACUUGAAGGAUGACAUUAAGAUCGAGGGUAUGGCAGUUGUAAGAGAUGAACUGGGGGAGACCGUCAGAGGGUACUUGGACUGGGCUGUCAGUGUACUCAGUGAAGACUCGGCGAAGUAUCGGACGCAAACAGGAGUUAUCGCUUGGAUAUCUAAAAGCGCAUACAACAUGGCCGUCGAGGGCUUAGGCGAUAUUUCGGUCAACAUUUUAGCCGAUCUGUUUGAACGUUCAGCUUCGCUCAUGGAAUUGUGUGGCGAUAUCGCCGGUACUGGAUAUGAUCCGGAACUGAACAGGACCAAGCUUUUCGCAAUGUUCGGAUGCUUUUGUGGAAAAAUGCUCUUGUAUCGAGCGCUCACCAACGGGGAGGAAAAGAAUGUGCUCCAAGCUCAGCUCAUCCAAUACCUCUCAAUCAUCCAAGAAGAAAUACUGCGCUUGACAGCUGGUCCAUACCCAGAAUCCAUCACUAAAAUGGACGAUCUUCUUGAGUUCUAUCGCGUUGAGCUGCUAUGUGAUGCGAAAGAUUGGGAGAACAUCAAGGAAAUCAUUCAUAGGCAAACCGACCGACACGAUGAAGCAGAGAACGACGAGUCAUUCAAGGUACUCGAAAUGAUGGCUAAAGUCCUUUACGAACAAGAAGAUUGUCCUCCUGGUCUCACUGAUGAGAUCCUACAGACUGUCCUCAUGACUGCCACUCUCAGUACGUCUGCGGAUAUUAUCCGUUUCUCUCGAUGGGUAAGGGGUAUCUUCCUCGCAGUCCUUCAGCAGAACAGACCAAUCAGUCAUGAAAAUAUCAAAUUGUAUAUCGACAGAGUAAUAGCAGUCUUACGAAGCCCUCUUGGAAGACAAGCUUAUCCGGAUGACGAGAUGCAAUGGCUUCUAUCGUCCUUGUGGAACAAGGGUUUGGAUGAAUAUCAUUCAUACCGAGCUGAAGAGGCUAAAAUGUGGUUUGACAUGUCGAUGAAGUUAGGAAGUUGUAUGCCGGAGGGUAUAGCUCAUCAUGGUGAAGUGAACUGA